CCAAUGAAAUGCAGGGACCAAAAUCGCCUAGGCCAAUCAAAAGUGAGAAUCUGACUUUUAACACGUCGUCUUCACUAGGAGGACCACUGAAUGAGGGAGAAAGUCUAAAGAAAAGUCGCCCCAGCACACCGUGGCACUUUUACUCACCCUAUUCCUCGCUGGAGUUGUGAAUAAACAUGGCAGCGGCUGUUACUCAGGGGCUACCGAAGUGGGAGAGAAAAAUGCGCAUUUUUCUAUGCGUUUUUGGUUUGGUUUUGUCAGUUUAUGCGCUUCACGUCGAGCUGUCCCGAGAGAGUAACCCAGAUUACAGAGCGAUGUGUGACCUGGGGGAGUCUGUGAGCUGCUCCAAAGUUUUUACCUCCAGAUGGGGACGUGGUUUUGGUUUGGUCCAGUUCUUUGUUGCCAAAGAUAGCCCUCUGAACCAGCCCAACAGUGUGCUUGGCAUCAUAUUCUACACUUUGCAGCUGGGCCUUGGACUGACACUGUCCAAGAGAGCUGCCAUGUUUUUGGUUCUCUCGUCCUGGGUGUCUGUGGCUGGCUCACUCUAUCUCGCAUCUAUUCUCACCUUUGUUCUGGGUGAUUUCUGCAUGGUCUGCGUGUCAACAUAUAUUAUCAACUUUGCGUUGCUUUUCACCAACCUGAAACGAAAGAGCGCAAUUGAAGGAAUGAAGGAAAAGGCCGGAUAGAACGUGUUACUUGUGAAAUUCAACACCUUCUGUUUUUUGUUUUUUUUUCUGCUGACCUGAAGCUCACACUGGAUCUGAAAGCCGAUUCUUUCCCACAGUAUUUCUGCGCUGUUUACAACUGUUGAGACAUUUUAGAGAAACAGGACUGGAGAGGUAUUUCAGAAGAUCAUUUUCAGUACAGAAACUAAAUAAAGCAGCAACAUUUUUGAAUACAA